AUGAAAUAAAAUCAGCUGUUCCAUUUUUCCACACAAUUUUUUAAAGUUGGGAGAAAAUACAACGCUUCCAUUCAGCCCCGUAUAAAUCUAAGCAAUGUUUUUGUACUUGAAUAAUAACAAAUGAUAUCAAUAUGUACAUGUAGCUAUAAACUGAUGCAAGAAUCUUGAAAAUCGGAGGACAAAAAAUACGAAUAGGUACCAAGAUGUGUCACGAAUUACAAUGAUAGCGCAUCGCUAGUAGACGACAAUAAGUUAAUAAAGUAAAUUGAUGAUGGCCGCUAAAACGAAGGUCAAUACUAAUCAUAAUAAAGUUGUAACUGCAAGUACUACUACGACAAUAGUAACUGAUAAAUGUAGCCUAUGGUUAGUGAUAUUCACUAUCAUAACUAUCCUCAUUGUGGUGAUCACUGGAAUAUGCGUUAAAUUCUUAGUGGAGAGCUACACGGCCAGUAUAAUUUUGGUCUCUUUAAUAUGCUUGGAAAUAGUCAUCGGCUUUUCAGUGUUAGCCAUCUUAGCUUGGAGAAGAAAUAAAUUAGCUGUGAAUCACACAGUCGUACGAAGAAAUGGAGUAUUAAAAUAUCAUCCUGUUCAACCGACUGCACCAAGAGACGAAGGAUCAUGGGAAUAUUCAAAUAGAACCACGUUACCAGCGUAAUUUUAGCUUUUAUGUAUGUUGUGUAAUGCAAAGUACAAUUUUAUACGCUUUAAAGAUGUAAAUAGGUAGCUAGUAAUGUUCAACAAGGCUGUUUAUUAAAAGUUAUGAAUUUUU